GGAGCUUAUUUUGGGUCACUCGCGUCGCUUCCAACUUGUACUUCGUUUGGAUUUUUGUAGAGGUGCCUUUCUCUAAACUUGCAACAUAGCGUAGUUUUGUGUUUUCAAUCAAGAAAGCUGGCGGGUGUGCAAAUGUGUUAAAAUACUGUGGCAGUGUUAAUUAAAACAAAGAACAUUCAGCAUCAUUAAAACACAAUACAAUAGUUGAUGAAAUAGUCAAGGGCUACGGGCGCGGCGUGGCGAGACGGCAUCAUGGAUGACGACCAACAAUUCUGCUUGCGAUGGAACAACCACCAGUCGACGCUGGUGUCGGUGUUCGAUACUCUGCUGGAGAAGGGCAUGCACGUCGACUGCACCCUGGCGGCCGAGGGUCAGACGCUGAAGGCACACAAAGUGGUCCUGUCCGCCUGCAGUCCGUAUUUCGAGAGUGUACUAUCACAACAAUUUGAUAAGCAUCCAAUAAUAAUCCUAAAAGACGUAAAGUAUGCGGAAUUGAGAGCCAUGAUGGACUACAUGUACCGCGGUGAAGUGAACAUAUCGCAGGACCAGCUGGCCGCUCUGUUGAAGGCAGCCGAGUCGCUGCAGAUCAAGGGACUCUCGGACAACAAGCCGUCCCGGCCCCCGUCGCGCCCGCCGCAGCCCGCUGCACACCCGCCUCGCGUCGCCUCGCCCCCGCCACAGGCCCGAGAUGGUAGCAUAGACAGUCGCGAAGGUUCAAUAAGCCCCACACGCCGUAGAAAGAAAGCUCGUCGUAUGUCGAGUGAGGGACCGCCAGUCCCUAUACAGGCCCCGGUCAUAGAGCCUCCACAAGGCAACGGAGACGAAGCACCUUGCAAAGAGGAAGUCCCGAGGGACGGUGUAGAGGAUCUCACAUUAGAUGAGGAGGCUGAGGAGCCCCCGGCUGUGGGGCACAAUGACGUCGUACGCAAUUUCCAAUGGCACAUGGAACGAUCUCAAGAUGAAAUAAUGAACUCAAAUGACAGCGCGCGAGAGUCGCAAGGCGGCGGCUGCGGGCCGGCGACGGAGGACGUGUCGUUCAGUAGGAUCGGCGGGCUGUCGUGGGACCAGUGGUCGGCGCGCCUGGCUCUGCCGCUGGUGGCCGGGCUCCGCGCGCCGCUGCCCGCGCCCGGCGAGCCCAGCUUCACGUGCCCCGACUGCGGCCGCGUGUACAAGCUCAAGUCGUCGCUGCGCAACCACCAGAAGUGGGAGUGCGGCAAGGAGCCGCAGUUCCAGUGCCCCUACUGCGUGUACCGCGCCAAGCAGAAGAUGCACAUCGCGCGCCACAUGGAGCGCAUGCACCGCGAGGUGCACCUCAAGCCCGAGCAGUACAUCAAGCAGGACAACGUCGACGCCUGCACGUAGGCGCCGCGGCGAGCGCGCGGGCGGCGGGUGAGUGCGCUUGUGAUUGCACGUUCCUACUCAGCAUCAUGGCAUCCGCGGGGCGGCUCCACUAAAGCCCGGUCCGUGAGCACGUAGAAUUUUGUCCAAUGACCCCAAGCUACCCAUCCUUAUCGCUCGCGCGUAAUUAUAUUGCUGUCGCGACUGUGCGACGGGCGCCCGCAGUGUGUGUGCGAGCGCGACAGCAACAUAAUUACGCGCGAGCGAUAAGGAUGGGUAGCUUGGGGUCAUUGGACAAAAUUCUACGUGCUCACGGACCAGGCUUUACCCUUUUGAUCCUCUUUUUAAAAAGUCAAAGGCGGGAAACUCUAAAUCCUUUUCAAAAGUAAUUCGCCCGCUCGCGGAUUCCGCCCCCCGCGCCGCUCCCGCCGUCUUUGCGAACUUAGUCACUACUCAAUACUCCAUUUUAAUUAGGUACAAACCUGCUAGGUUUACAUAUCAACGUUUUGAAUUUAUCGGCGCAACAUGUUACUAGAUCCGUUAUAAUGUUUCUAUUUUUAAUGUUUCUCGUUGACCCCUUUGAAAAUCAUGAUUAUAGUUAUCGUAGAGAUUCUUAAGAGAAAGUUUUUUGAAAAUUCCCAAGUUUAUUCUGAUUGUGAUAAAUGUGAUGAAAUCUCUUAUGUGAUAGUGGCAUUAGACAGUCACGUUAGAUGUAAUGCCUUCCCCGAGGUCACAAAUAGUGCCUUCAAUUGUUACCUACUCAAUUCUAAUUAUUUAAUAUUACGCCCAGAAGUGAAAAAUAUAGAUAUCAUGAAUUUAAUCUCUUGACAAAUUACUAGUAAUAGUAUUGACACUAGUUACAGUAGAUUUGUGACAGUGUGCGCAACUGUUGCAUUUAAGUAUGUUAAGUUGAAGUGAUUUUGUAUAGUUACGCUUUUACUAAGUAUAUAUUUUUAUGUACAGCAUUUAUUAUGUAAACUAUCAUUCCUGGUUGAUCUAUUUAGGUUCCGAGAUUCGGUAGAUUCGUAAAGUACAAGUUGUUGGGUUAAGAUGUUACCAGUUGCAGUUACUCUCCUAAAUUAUCACGGCUGCGACGCGACGGUCGCGGUGGGAGUUAUCGUAGGUUUAAUCAAAUAUAUGCGAUUUAGAAAGUUUAUGUUAGUAUUCCAUAAGUUUUUAUCGGUACUCAUUCGUACGUACGGUACGGUAUAAGUUAUGUGAGCGCGUAAACUGUUAAGUUAUAUCCUUGUAUAUCGUAGUUGUAAUGCAAAUGAUGCUAUUUUCGCUUAGGUAGCAAGCUCUAGUUCUCUGCCAUAAUGCAUGUUCCCUUGUAUAAUUGUAAUACUCAUUUAAGUUAAUUUUUUAUUUCAAUUAUUUUUAGAUCUCUUUACAUCUUAUGCAUUUAUUUUAUCUUUACAUUAGGCUUACAAAUCGAUCCGAAAUAUUGUGUGAACGGAUGUUGUUCCUUACGAAGUGUACCGAUUUCUCACUGUUUUCAGUGUAGGUAUGGGGCCAACUAGCUAUAGCUGAUUCGCAACUGAGUGCCUUAAAGUUGAUAUUUUAAAAUUAAAUCGUAAAUCAUGAACACUGCCAUUAUGUUAUUAUAAUACAAUGGACCGUGCACAAUCAUUCAAUUUUGACAAGUUCAAAUUACUCUUCCAGAUAGUUAUAAGUAUUUUAAACACAUUACCAUUUAGAAAUAGUAAGGUUAGUCAUGGUACAUAUCAUGAAAAAUGACACCACAUAUUUUAUAAUCACCUGUAAAAUCAGAACAAUCGCAGAUUAAAAUAAGUAUUUACAUUGUUAUUAUUAAAAUUGAAACAGGUGGUGUGAUUUUUUUGGUAUUCUACCAAAAUAAGUUAUUAUCAGUUCGAGUUACCAUCCUGCAAUCAAAAUGUAAAGCUCAUAAGUACAACCAUACAAAUCUUGUCAGUAUAAAACUAAGUGCCUUCAAAACUUUAGUCAUUAGGGGUUAAAACGUUUCAGAUAAUUUUUGGUUUAAAUAUGAGAAAGUUGCAAAAUUCUAGGUUGUGAUUUUUAAACGAAAUUACAGAAAGUUAGUUACCUACAAAAUGAACCGCCUUCAUCCAGGUUGCAGAGUGCAUUUCAGGUUUAGAGUAAUCAGUAAAUGUUAUAUAGAUUCUGAUAAACUACAACUGUGAUAUUAUACUUUCACCAGUGCAGGCCUUGCUUCUGACCCAUCGGUCGCACUCGACGCUCAGUCAAGUGAGCCACAAUGGUACUAAUCGUCCACUAUAACUAGACUUCUGAUUAGAAGUCGAUCGGGCUGGGUCUGAGCUACUUUAUCGUUAAGAUCCUAAGGACCAUUUUGGUACGUCACCGUAUUCCAGUCGCAGGUCUAGCUAUCGUGGGCGAGUAGUACACGAACUUAUCCAAGUGAUAUUGUAAAGAAACUAGCUAUAGUAAGAAUUGCUACCUAGAAUAUUUGUAGAUGACUAGAUAGGUCUACAUCAUAAUCUGUCAGUAGAUCCAAGUUUCAGUGAUUAAAUGCAUUUGAUUGUAUUUUUAUAACCUUUUUGUAUUUUAAUAAAGUUGCUAUUCUUGAUA